AUGCAAAGAGGAGGAAAAAGUCCAAAAUUCAGAAGAAUCAGCACAUAUUUUGAGAUUGACCACUUAUCACUAAGAUUUUUCUUAAAUUUUAUUUCACUUAAACGAUUUGCAACCAUAAAUGGACUUUAUCAACAUGAAACGUACAAACAUAAAGACUACAAUUUGCCACCAUCUAAUCUUCCAUACUUACCUCCUGAUGCAAUACAGCAAUUUCGCGAAUCUUUGGUAUUUUUUAUUAAAAAAAAAUUAUCGCUUAAUUUUAAAAAAUCCGGAAGGCAAUCAAUUAAAAUUCCAUGUAGUGAAAGCCAGUUUGUUGGAGUAUUUGGAUCAUGGAUUCAUCAAUAUUCACCAUGCAAAAAAAAGUAUAUUUGUAUUUUUAAGGGUCAGUAUGCAAAUAUAUUGUUGUCAAAGAUAUUAAAAAAUAAUGAGUGGGGUGAACGAUGGUAUGAUUUAAAACAAAAAGCAUAUGUAGUAUUGUAUAAUUCGUCAACACAAGAUACUUUAAAGAUCAGAGAAAAUACUUAUCAAAAUGAACAACUAUCAUCUGAAAUGAUUGUAGAAUGGCAUAUUGAACAAAUAAUUGAUAUACAUCAACAAACAAGUUCUGCAGGAUUUAUUAUUAUGAAAUUUUGA